CUCUCUCUCUCUCUCUCUCUCUUCUCUCUUCUCUCUCUUGUUUUUUGAUUACAAUCUUCAAUCCCACUCCUUUUGUGUGACCCCUAUGUUCCUCCUCCUCACACAAAGAAUGUGAUUAGUCCACUAUUUUUUCUUUUUGGAUUCAAGUUUCUGUAGUUUGAAGGCAGAUUCGAGAUGGGUAUUCUGAGUUCUAUUCUGGGUUUCUGUGGCUUUGGGAUUGGUACUUCUAUUGGGAUCGUGAUCGGUUACUACAUGUUCAUCUACUUCCAGCCUACUCAUGUCAAGGAUCCUGUGAUUCGUCCUUUGGUUGAGCAAGAUAGCAAAUCGCUGCAACGGAUGCUUGCGGAUAUCCCCUUGUGGGUUAAAAACCCUGACUAUGAUCGUCUUGACUGGCUUAACAAGUUUGUUGAGACUAUGUGGCCUUAUCUGGACAAGGCAAUUUGCAAAACUGCAAAGACCAUAGCUAAGCCCAUUAUUGCCGAGCAAAUCCCGAAGUAUAAAAUUGACUCUGUUGAUUUUGAAGUACUUACACUGGGCACCCUGCCACCAACUUUUCAAGGAAUGAAAGUUUAUGUCACUGGUGAGAAGGAAUUGAUUAUGGAACUAGCCUUGAAGUGGGCAGGAAAUCCUAACAUCACUGUUGCAGCUAAAGCAUUUGGGUUGAAAGCCACAGUUCAGGUGCUUGACUUGCAAGUCUUUGCGUCCCCACGUAUCACCCUGAAGCCUUUGGUUCCGUCAUUUCCUUGUUUUUCGAAAAUCUUUGUUUCUCUUAUGGAGAAGCCACAUGUUGACUUUGGACUAAAACUCCUUGGAGCAGAUGCAAUGGCUAUUCCAGGCCUGUAUGGGUUUGUGCAGGAGCUUAUUAAGGAGCAAGUGGCAAAUAUGUACCUAUGGCCCAAAUACCUAGAAGUAACUAUCAUGGAUCCCAACCUUGCCAUGAGGAAACCUGUUGGGGUUCUCACUGUAAAGGUUCUGAAGGCGACAAAACUUAAAAAGAAAGAUCUAUUGGGAGGUGCAGAUCCUUAUGUAAAACUCAAGCUGACUGAGGACAAGCUUCCUUCGAAGAAAACAACAGUGAAACACAAAACUUUGAGCCCUGAAUGGAAUGAGGAAUUUCAUAUGGCUAUUAGAGACCCCGGAACUCAAGCAUUGGAAAUUAUGGUUUAUGAUUGGGAAAAGGUUGGCCGACACGAUAAGAUGGGUAUGAAUGUCGUUCCCUUGAGUGAGCUUACUCCUGAUGAGUCUAAAGUUAUGACUCUUGACAUACUGAAAAACAUGGACCCAAAUGAUGCUCAAAAUGAGAAGUUGCGUGGACAGCUUGUUGUUGAACUGCUCUACAAACCCUUCAAGGAGGAUGAGAUGCCUGAAGAUAAGGAAGAUUCAAAAGAGGUACAAAAGGCUCCUGAAGGAACACCUGAAGGUGGUGGUAUGCUUGUAGUUAUCGUCCAUGAAGCUGAAGAUUUGGAAGGAAAGCACCACACUAAUCCACAUGUGCGAUUACUAUUCAAAGGGGAGGAGAGAAGAACCAAGCAUGUCAGGAAAAACCGGGAUCCAAGAUUUAAUGAGGAGUUUAACUUUAUGCUAGAAGAACCUCCUAAAGCUCAUGAUAGGCUUCAUGUUGAGGUAGUGAGCACUUCCUCGAGGAUGGGCCUGCUGCAUCCUAAGGAAAAUCUUGGAUAUUGUGAUAUAAAUCUAGCGGAUGUUGUUAGCAACAAAAGAAUCAAUGAGAAGCACAAUCUGAUCGACUCGAAGAAUGGAAAGAUUCAAAUUGAGCUGCAGUGGCGAACAGCUUGAGGGUAUUGCAGCAGGAGAUGCAUAGAGGAAAACAGUCGAGUUCUUUAGGUUUGUAAUGAAUGUAGGUUUCACACAAACUUGUUGGCUUUAGGUUAAAUUGGUUUCUUGUUGAUAUAUAAUUCCAGGCUCAAGAUAUUUUGUAUCUAGUUGGGAAUUAUUCCGUGAGUUUAUAUUCAUGUUCAGAUCAUGCCCUCUGCCAUUGUUUCUGUGAAUUGUCACAUACCACUAUUUGAAAUACAUGUGAAUUUGGCAUGGAUGUGUUGAAAUUACCAUCUUUCCUUGGAAACUAUGGAUUUGUAAUGGCAAAUUUCUUGUUC